AAAAAUCCCGCGGAAUUUAGGCCGGUGGGUUGCGUGUAUUUAUAUCUGUAUUUCUACUCAAUUAUGCACUGUAAAUCGCUAUAAUUGAUCUCUAUCACACACACAGACACACACGGUAAUGUGGUGUAAUUGCAGCUGAAUUUUGAGAGGUAAUAAAUGGAGUGAGAGAUGGCGAGGGCGAAGCACAAAACUACCAAAUUUGUGUUUAUAUUGGUUGCCAUUUUGGGAGCCUUUUUUAUUGUAGAUCUUCUCUGGGCUUCCUCUUCCUCCGCAUCCCAAUCAGUAGCAUCCAAUUGGGCUUUUCAAAAUUCUCACGCUUUUAUCGUUCCGAACGUUGUUUCUCCCAACAAUAACACUAUUUCCUCCCUAAUUAAGGAGAAAUCUAAGCAAGAUAAAAAAGGAGUGGUUCCUGAGAGGGUCUUAUCGGCAACUUUUGCUGAUUUGCCUGGCCCAGAGUUAAAAUGGGAAAAAAUGUCAACAGCACCAGUGCCUCGUCUUGAUGGUGCAGCGAUUCAAAUCAAGAAUCUUCUUUAUGUAUUUGCUGGAUAUGGAACCAUUGAUUAUGUUCAUUCUCAUGUUGAUAUUUACAAUUUCACGGAUAACACAUGGGGAGAAAGGUUUGAUAUGCCAAAAGAAAUGGCGCAUUCACAUUUAGGUAUGGUGACAGAUGGGAGAUAUAUUUACGUAGUUACAGGACAAUAUGGUCCUCAAUGUAGAGGACCUACUGCAAGCACAUUCGUAUUGGACACAUCGACAAAGCAAUGGCAGGACUUUCCUUCUCUGCCCGUUCCAAGAUAUGCGCCUGCAACCCAGCUUUGGCGAGGCAGACUCCAUGUGAUGGGUGGCAGCACAGAGAACCGCCAUACACCUGGAUUAGAGCACUGGAGUAUUGCUGUGAAAGAUGGCCAAGCUUUAGAAAAAGAUUGGAGAACAGAGAUCCCCAUACCCCGUGGAGGACCGCACAGGGCUUGUGUUGUGGCUAAUGAUCGUUUGUAUGUUAUUGGCGGUCAAGAGGGCGAUUUCAUGGCUAAACCAGGAUCUCCCAUUUUUAAGUGCUCCCGUAGAAAUGAGGUUGUAUAUGAUGAUGUUUACAUGCUAGAUGAUGAUAUGAAAUGGAAAGUGCUGCCUCAUAUGCCAAAGCCUGAUUCUCACAUUGAGUUUGCCUGGGCUAUUGUUAACAAUUCUAUUGUUAUUGUUGGAGGCACCACAGAGAAGCAUCCUUUAACAAAAAAGAUGACACUUGUUGGAGAAAUUUUCCAGUUCCAAUUAGAUACCGAGAAAUGGUCAGUGAUUGGAAAACUGCCAUAUCGGGUGAAAACCACUCUCGUUGGAUUUUGGAACGGAAUGUUGUAUUUUACAUCAGGGCAACGAGAUAAAGGACCCAAUGACCCGGCACCAAGAAAGGUCGUCGGAGAUAUGUGGAGAACAAAACUGAAUUUAUGAGCAAUUUUUUCAUUUUUUAUUUUUUUAUUUUCUUGUGUACUAAUACAGAUGAUAGAUAGGAUUGUUGUGUAAUUUCAUUUUUUAUAUUAUUUAAUAUUGCAAUAUUGGAAGUCAUGAUGAUUUCUUUUUGUAUUGGAAUGAUUCAGAUCGGUCUGCAAGAAGGCAAUAGAGAGAGAUUUAUGUAACUGUUUUCUUGUACAAACAAGAGGACAAAUUAAAGAUCUUAUUUAUUUACGGGUUAAUUCUUUAAAUAGUCAUUGAACUUUGUCAAAAAGUUUCCAAGAGAUCACCGAA